AUGAUCUGGUGCACCAUGGAGCUCAAAGUAUGGGUGGAUGGAGUCCAGAGAAUUGUUUGUGGGGUCACUGAAGUCACAACUUGCCAAGAGGUGGUGAUAGCCCUGGCUCAGGCUAUAGGUCGUACUGGAAGAUACACACUGAUAGAAAAAUGGAGAGAUACAGAGAGGCAUUUGGCACCUCAUGAAAAUCCUAUAAUUUCAUUGAACAAAUGGGGACAGUAUGCAAGUGAUGUGCAGUUAAUAUUACGCCGCACAGGGCCAUCCCUCAGCGAGAGGCCGACUUCAGACAGCGUUGCUCGAAUACCUGAAAGAACUUUGUACCGACAAAGCUUACCUCCAUUAGCCAAGCUAAGGCCUCAGAAUGACAAAUUAAUAAAAAGGAGAGAGCCAAAAAGGAAGUCUUUGACCUUCACUGGGGGUGCAAAAGGGUUAAUGGACAUUUUUGGGAAAGGUAAAGAAUCUGAGUUCAAGCAAAAGGUGCUCAACUGUAAAACAACAGCUGAAGAGUUGAAAAAACUGAUCCACCUCCAGACUGAGAAACUUCAGUCCAUUGAGAAGCAGCUGGACUCAAGUGAGGCUGAAAUCCGGUACUGGGAACAGAAAUACAAUUCCAGCCUGGAAGAGGAAAUUAUCAAAUUUGAGCAGAAAAUCAAAAGAAAUGAAGUAGAGAUUGAAGAGGAAGAGUUCUGGGAAAAUGAACUGCAGAUUGAGCAAGAGAACGAGAAGCAGCUGAAGGAACAACUCCUGGAGAUCAGGCAAAGGAUCCUGGAGUCCGAGAGCAAGUUAAAAGACUAUAUGACUCAAAUCCACAGAAUGGAGAGUGGCCUUGAAGCAGAGAAGUUGCACCGGGAAGUUCAGGAGUCGCAGGUGAAUGAAGAAGAGGUCAAAGAGAAGAUUGAGAAGGUGAAAGGUGAAAUUGAUAUUCAGGGCCAACAGAGUCUGAGGCUGGAAAAUGGCAUUAAAGCUGUAGAAAGGUCAUUGGGCCAAGCCACCAAAAGAUUACAGGACCGAGAACAAGAACUGGAGCAGCUAACGAAGGAGCUAAGACAAGUAAAUCUCCAACAAUUUAUCCAGCAAACAGGAACAAAGGUCACAGUGCUACCAGCAGACCCUAUUGAAGUGGAGGCUUCACACACACAGCUCGAAAGAGAGACAACAUUUCAGUCUGGGUCCCUGAAACGCCCAGGUUCAUCAAGGCAGCUCCCCAGUAAUCUUCGAAUUCUACAGAAUCCACUGUCAUCUGGUUUUAACCCUGAGGGCAUUUAUGUAUAA